AUGCUCUUUUCAGCUACCAAGACCCUGAUGGUGGCCCUGGCCGUGCUCGGGUUUGCUGCUUCAGCGCCAGUCGAUCUGGUGGAGCGCGACCAGAAAGUCAUUAUCGGCUAUCGCACUAUGGAAAAGUCGAAAGCCGAAGCGUAUAACAAACAGGGGACUGUCGUCUGGCAUUGUGUCAUUUACGCCGAGCAAAGCAAGUGGCUCACCGCCAAAAAGGCUUGGAUCCCGGAGACGUACGACGGAAAGAAACUUUGGUAUCAUCCGGACAGUAUCGAUUCCUACCUCAAGACCGUCGAGUAUCAGACGCCAGAUGAGACACUUCGUCUAUCCAAGAUUUCCGGGGAUGAUGCUGUGUACCAGUUGGGAAUCCCCAAAGCCAUGUUAGGUAAAACAGGUCAUCUUGGCCUGAUGGCAACUUGCAAGGCAAAGGCUUCGGAGCUUCCUCAACACGCUGUUAAUUACAAAACAGUGCAGAAUGCUGUGGGCACCCCCCAGUAA